AUGCGUCCCCCAAUAAAAUAUCGCUCUUUUCAUAUUUCCUCAGCCUUUCAUCAAUUAUUCCUUUUUUUCGUACGAAGCCGGAAGUCCUUUAAUGAGGGACAGAUUAAUGGCUACCACUUCACUCGGAGAAUAGGAAGGAAAUUUCAUGACAUAACAAUUAUCUAUCUAUCUAUCUAUCUAUCUAUCUAUCUAUCAUCAUCAUUUCAGCCCAAGCAAGGCGGGAAUUCCGAGAAGGGAUUGGUUCCGAGAAAUUCUGAGCACUAUCUUUCUUUCUUUCCUUCCUUCCUUCUUUCAUUCCUUUCUAUCUAUCUAUCUAUCUAUCUAUUUAUCUAUCUAUCUAUCUUUUGUGAUGCAAACGAACACUCUGUUGGCAGCGACACUUUACUGCUAUAUAACAAUAUCUAUCUAUCUAUCUAUCUAUCUAUCUAUCUAUCUGUCUAUCUAUCUAUCUAUCCAUCUAUCUAUCAGUUUUCUUGA